UGUGCGAUUCUGUCGGUUUCGAUAGUGCGAAUAGACUACAAACGUUUCUUUCGAUUCUCCGAGAAUGAAAUUCAUUCUAAUCCUGGUGCUGAUUUUCGUCGCGGGAUCGUUCGCCGUACCCUUCACCUACCUUGAAUCUGUGCUGCGACAUGUUCGCGGUCCAAAACAAUACGCUAUAAGCCGUGAACCGGAAGUGGUCUUCUCCGAGUAUGACUUUGUGAUCGUUGGAGCAGGGCCAGCCGGGUGUGUUUUGGCCAACCGACUGUCCGAAAUCCCGGAAUGGAAAAUUCUUCUCUUGGAAGCUGGCCGUUGGGAGACACUCCUAUCCGAUAUACCGAUGGCCGUCAGUUACUUUCAGUUCACCGACUUCAACUGGCACUACCUGAUGGAACGCCAAGAAGGAGUCUGCGAGGCGAUGACCGAUGGUAGAUGCCACUGGCCACGUGGCAGAGGCGUUGGAGGUUCGAGCAUAAUAAACUACAUGAUCUAUACGCGAGGCAAUCGACAGGACUUUCUGGAUCUCGAAGCCGCUGGAAACUACGGCUGGGGGCCAAACGAGACGCUUUAUUACUACAUGAAAAGUGAAAGGUCAAAAUUAGCCGCCCAUCCGUACUCUCGGUAUCACGGACGCGACGGUUAUCUCAGUGUUGGGGAUGUGCCCUACAGAUCCAAGAUGGCAACUACCUUCCUCGAUGCCACCGCAGAACUGGGGAAUAAAAUCCUCGACUACAACGGCGAGGACCAACUCGGUUUCUCGUACAUUCAGUCGACGAUUGAGAAUGGCAGAAGAUGUAGCGCAGCAAAAGCAUUUCUGAGGCCGGUUCUUGGCAGGAAGAAUUUGCACGUUUUGGCCAAUACAAGAGUGACCAAAAUCCUGAUAAAUCCGAGAUCGAAGGCCGUCUACGGAGUUGAAUUCAUAAGGAAACGGCAGCUGACACAAGUAUUCACGCGUAAAGAAGUGAUCCUGUCGAGCGGUGCAUUUAAUUCUCCUCAGCUCUUGAUGCUUUCUGGUAUCGGGCCAAAAGAACACCUGGAGGAACUGGGAAUCCCUGUUGUCCAGGACCUUAGAGUAGGAAAAAAUUUGCAGGACCACAUUUCAUUUCUGGGCCUAACAUUCCUCGCUUCGAAUGUUGGUGAGAGCUUGAACGAAAAGAAACUUCUCAACGAUCCAAAAUACUUGAUUGAGUGGCUUCGGUAUGGUAGAGGUCCUCUGACGUUAACUGGAGGGGUAGAAGCGAUCGGGUACGUAAAAACGAAGUAUAACAAUUUCCCGGCUAACCAGCCAGACAUCGAGCUUUUCUUCCUGAUCGGAUCGCUAAGCUCUGACGGAGGAUCGACCUACCGAAAGAGUUUCCACAUAAACGACGAGACGUACGAAGCAGUUUACCGAGAAAUCGACUACGCGGACUGCUUCACGAUAGUCCCGAUGCUUCUACACCCAGAAAGUAAAGGCGAGCUGCGGCUGAAGAGUCGGGAUCCAUUUGCCUGGCCGAAAUUCUACGGGAACUACCUUACCAAGGAUAUCGACGUCAAGAGAAUGGUCGCUGGGAUCAGGGAGGGAAUCCGUAUCGCCGAGACAAAGGCCUUCAAGAUCCACCAGCCUCGUAUUCACGACAAACCAUUCCCGAAAUGCGCUCACCUCAAGUUCAACAGCGACGAAUACUGGGAAUGCGCCGUGCGCAUGAUCACCGCCACUCUUCAUCAUCAGGUCGGAACCUGCAAAAUGGGACCGAAGACCGACCCAGAAGCAGUCGUCGACCCAGAACUCAGAGUCCACGGUAUCGACUUCCUCAGGGUCGCGGACACGUCGAUCAUACCGAAAUCAUGGAGCGCUCACACAAACGCGCCGAGCUUCAUGAUCGGCGAAAAGGCGGCUGACAUGAUCAAGAGGACUUGGAACCGUUUUUAGGCCUCUGUUACACACAACCAUUCCAAUGACGAAACGAUCGACUCUUAGCUCACAAUCAGUAGCUACAAAGAAACAAAUGUCUGUUGAUGAGAAGACCCGAUGAUGAUCAAUCGGUGUUUUCGUAAAACUGUAGAACGAAAUGUCGUUGACACAAAUUCAUUAAAAUAUAAUUAUUUAUUGUUUACUAA